AUGAAAACCACUCUCGCUCUUCUCUCCUUGAUCGGCCUCGUCGCCGCACAGGGCUCUUCCAAGGAUCCUUGCGUUAUUACCGCUCUCACAGACUCCGAGUCCCUUGACGAAGAUAUGUGCAAGCAGCAGACCGCAGACUCGACCACGUCAGCCACCAGCAUCGCCAACACCAGCGUCACUGGCACCAGCACUGGCACCGGCACCAGCACCAGCACCAGCACCAGCACUGCCAGCACCAGCACUGCCAGCACCAGCACUACCAUCACCACCAGCCCCGUCACCGUCAUCGCCACCAGCACCGUCAGCACUGGCGUCUCGUCCUCGUCGGCGUCUGCCAGCAGUAGCUCCGUUGCCACCACCAGCUCGUCUACCGCCUCAGCUCCGACCAGCACGGUCGUCAAGAGUACCACGUCGUCUCGGGUCGGCUCGACUACCUUGCCUACCGCUACUUCUACAACCAGGGACGAGACUGUGAUUCUUACUACGACUGGCACGCCCAGCGGCACCGGGUCUCCCAGCGGUACCAGGUCUCCUAGCGGUACCAGGUCUUCCAACGCAGCUGCCGGUACUGCUGCUGGUGCCCUUGGUGCUGUCAUCGCUUAUGUCUUGGCUUUCUAA